AUGACAUCCACCGAUGCUAUUGACGGAGGUUACGGAUGGGUCAUCGUGUUCGCAGUCUUCUGGAACAAUGCCCACGUCUGGGGAAUACUUUCCAGUUAUGGUGUCUUUCUGGAAUAUUUCACCUCCCAUUCCAUAUUCCCGCAUAGUCGAGCUCUUGCCUUUGCCUUGAUUGGAGGCUUGUCUGCUUCACAAGCUCUCGUGAUAUCGCCCUUGAUUACAACGAUUCACCGUCGCUUUGGCCUCAAGGCUACCAUAGCUCUCGGUAUCCUGUUUGAGACCGCAACUCUGUUGGGAGCAUCCUGGAGCACAGCGAUUUGGCAACUGUAUCUCAGUCAAGGUGUCUGUUUUCGGCCUGCAGUAUCUCUCGACAGCCGCCAUCAUUCCGCACUCGUUGUGAACUCGAUUUGUCUACUGCUUCUGCGUGAUCGAAGCCCAACACACAAUUCCGGAAGGCCAGGGCUGUCGAUCAAUUUCAAACUCGGAAAGAGAUAUGAGACACGGCUCUUUAUCGCCUGGGGCCUUUUUAGCGUGAUGGGGUUCAUGGUGAUUUGGUUUUCGCUGGCAACUUACGCUCGAAGCAUCGGCCUGACUGCUACUCAAGGGUCGACUGUCACUGCCGUGAUGAAUAUCGGACAGAUGUUUGGGCGUCCUGCGGUAGGCUUUUUCAGUGACGGGGUUGGCAGAUUGAAUGUUACCACUUUUGCCUCGUUUACCAGCGGCGUAUUAUGUCUGCUGUUGUGGGUUUUUGCGAAGACAUAUGCCGCCCUCACCUGUUUCGCAUUGUUUGCUGGGGUCUUGUUCGGCACAUUCUGGACGGCUGUUGGUCCUUUGGUCGCCGAGGUUGUCGGGCUAGAUGAGCUUCAGUCAUGCUUGACGAUUGCCUGGCUCGUCUGCUCUGUACCUGCAACAUUCGGAGCGGCUAUCGGACUGGAGCUUCGGACGGCCGGAGAUCCAACCGUCUCUACUCCCGUCCAGCCCCGAUCAUUCCAUCCAUCCCACUUGUCCCCUCUCCAACUACCACUAGCUGCCUGCCUCGUGGUCCCUGGACUUCUCCCUAUCCUCGGACUCUUUCCCACUGGUCGGCUGCGUCUCUUCUCAACUCAUCACAUUCACACCCCUCUUAGCCCCUCUUCGGUGGCCCUCGGAUCGCGACCGAGCGAUCUUGCCAUUCAUCGUUUCCCAGCAACUGAGAUCCUAGCUUAUUCCUCUUGCAGGAUGGCUGCCCCGAUGGACGUGCACUUGCAUGCCGGUGGAACCGACGCGGAGCCCAAGCUGGUCAACCGACUGCACCAUAGUCGAUCCCCAUAUGUCAGGGGCCACAUGGAUAAUCCUGUAGCUUGGCAGUUAUGGGAUGCCGAGUCCAUUGAUUUGGCCCGGCGACAUAACCGACUCAUCUUUCUGAGCAUCGGAUACUCGGCCUGUCACUGGUGUCAUGUUAUGGAAAAGGAAUCGUUCAUGUCGCCAGAAGUAGCGUCGAUCUUGAACGAAUCUUUUAUUCCCAUCAAGGUUGACCGUGAAGAGCGACCGGAUAUCGAUGACGUCUACAUGAAUUACGUCCAAGCAACCACCGGCUCGGGCGGCUGGCCGCUGAAUGUCUUUCUCACCCCAGACCUUGAACCGGUGUUUGGCGGCACCUACUGGCCGGGUCCCAGCUCUUCUAGCUUACCCGGAAAUGAGACUAUUGGGUUUGUCCAUAUCCUGGAUAAGCUCCGAGAAGUCUGGGAAACCCAACAGCUACGGUGUCGUGAGAGCGCAAAAGAAAUCACAAAACAGCUACGGGAGUUUGCCGAAGAAGGAACGCAUACGCACCAAGGGGACCGACCGUCGGACGAGGACUUGGACAUUGAACUUCUAGAGGAGGCUUAUCAACACUUUGUUUCGCGAUACGAUUCCAUACAUGGAGGAUUCUCCGGGUCGCCAAAAUUUCCGACACCUACGAACUUGAGCUUCCUGCUCCGCCUGGGAACUUAUCCAGCCGCCGUGUCAGAUGUUGUUGGGCAGGAGGAAUGCGAGAGGGCUACCGCGAUGGCAGUCAAUACGCUUAUCAACAUGGCGCGCGGGGGGAUCCGAGACCACAUAGGUCACGGUUUUGCACGUUACAGUGUCACGUCGAACUGGCUGUUGCCUCACUUUGAGAAAAUGCUUUACGACCAAGCUCAGCUCUUGGACGUCUAUGUGGAUGCAUUCAAAGUCACGCACAACCCCGAACUGCUGGGUGCUGUCUAUGAUUUGGCUACAUACUUGACAAGUAGUCCCAUUCAAUCGCAAACGGGCGCAUUCCACUCGUCCGAAGACGCCGACAGUCUUCCAACACCCAAUGACACGGAGAAGCGAGAAGGCGCGUUCUAUGUCUGGACCUUAAAAGAACUGACUCAGGUGCUUGGCCAGCGAGAUGCGCAGGUGUGUGCUCGCCAUUGGGGUGUUCUUCCUGACGGAAACAUUGCCCCGGAAAAUGACCCACACGACGAAUUCAUGAACCAAAAUGUAUUAUCGGUCAAAGUGACGCCUAGCAAGCUGGCUCGAGAUUUUGGACUCGGGGAGGAUGAAGUCGUGAAAAUCAUUCGAUCUGCUAAGCAGAAGCUCUGCGAAUAUCGGGAGAGAACCAGGGUGCGACCGGACCUGGACGACAAAGUCAUUGUUGCGUGGAAUGGUUUGGCCAUUGGAGCACUCGCCAAAUGCAGUGCACUUUUUGAACAGAUUGAAAGCUCCAAGGCGCUCCAAUGCCGGGAUGCUGCAAUCAAGGCAGCAAACUUCAUCAAGAACACCCUUUUCGACAAACCUACCGGGAAACUCUGGCGUGUCUACCGCGAUGGAGCGAGGGGCGACACCCCCGGAUUUGCUGACGAUUACGCCUAUCUCAUCUCUGGCUUGUUGGACUUGUACGAGACUACUUUUGAUGACAGCUACCUGCAGUUUGCCGAGCAAUUACAGAAAUUUCUGAAUCAAGAAUUCAUGGCGUAUGUCGGAUCAACGCCAGCGGGGUACUACAGCACGCCUUCCACGCCAACACCAGGCAUGCCCGGCCCUCUACUCAGAUUAAAGACAGGAACCGAGUCGGCCACACCGUCCGUGAACGGCAUCAUUGCUCGCAACUUACUGCGCCUGGCUAACCUACUUGAAGACGAGGAGUAUCGUACACUUUCGCGCCAAACGUGCCAUUCGUUUGCCGUGGAAAUUCUCCAGCAUCCGUUCCUUUUUGUCGGCUUACUGGACGCGAUCGUCGGCCUAGAAGCCGGGUCGCGCAACAUCACAGGCGUGUUCAGCACUGCUACUAUCACCACUGCACCUCAACCAUCAUCUAGUCUUCUCAGCAAAUCUGAGGAGCCGACCUCCGUACGAGAUUUACUUGUGCAAAAGAUUCGGUCAGAAGCCGGGCCCGCGUUAUCUACGUCAACGACCACGGCUUCUUUCCUUGAUAUCCGCCCGUCGCAUGUGAGCGACUUUGUCGGCAAUCCCUCCUUCUGGUUGAGGAGCCGAAACCCUCUACCGAGCCUCUCCUUCCUAAGAGCCCGCCAGCUCAACGUUCCAACGAUGAAGCCAAAGUAUGCAUUUACCGCCUCCUUCGGAAGUAUUCUGCUCGCCUCUCCGACGUGGGGAUUUUCCUGCGAUCCUCGCGAAGUAAUCACGAAAGACGUCUGUAUUCUUGGAGGCGGUGCAUCCGGAACCUUCGCAGUAGUGGAACUUCACGAUCUUGGAAAGAGCGUGGCCGUGAUUGAGGAGAAGCCCAUUCUGGGCGGCCACACCAACACCUACAUCGACUCUUUCGGCCGUGCCGUUGACUACGGGGUGGCCCAAUACCAAAACCUCGAGCAGAAGCUGGUAGACGCAAGUAUGCUCAACUCGUCGACAAGUCUGCAGGAAAGCGUCAACCGCUACCGGGAGCUUUUGGAUGAGUACGCCUAUCUCGACGAGGGUUAUAAUCUCCCGGACCCCGUCCCCGAGGAUCUUCUUCUCCCCUUUGGCGAGUUUAUCCAGAAACAUAGGAUCGAGGGAAUCCUCCCCGUGGUGUGGGUCGCCAUGGGCGAUAUCCUACAUCUGCCCGCCAUCUACGUGCUCAAACACAUCGGGCCCGGAAUGAUCGAUGCCAACUUCAUCUGGACACAGAAUUACAACCGCGAGAUCUUGGACAACGCCUUGGAUGUCCUUUGGGAAGAGGUAUUUCUCUCCACCCGGGUUUCGUCGCUCGCGCGCGAGUCCCCUUCCAACGUCAGCGUCUGCUUGGACGGGCCCCAGGGACAAAUUCUACUCCAGACCCAGAAGCUUCUGGUGUCCAUCCCACCUCAGCUCGACAACCUACGCGGCUACUACACCUCCCUGGUGCACAUUCCCGGCCUGCCCUCCAACAAAACCGCCUACAAGAACCGCCAUCCGGGGGCGGCAUAUGAUCUAGCCCCUCUACCGGCCCCCUACCGGGCCAUUGCCACCAAGAUCCCUGAUGUUUACCAGAUGGAAUACGGUGCGAACCACACGGUCUCCGAGGAAUAUGUGAAAGACGAGCUUUUGCGAUCUGCACGGCGCCUGCAAGACGCGGUGGGUGACGAAUCGGCCUCUCCUCCGGAAUUUGUGCGGCUUGAGAGCCACACACCCUUCAUAACGCACGUGUCUUCAGAGGCCAUUCGCUCGGGGUUCUAUCGGGAUCUGAAAUCCUUGCAGGGGCAGAGGAAUACGUUCUGGACGGGUCAGCCUUCCACAUUAACGAGUCGCCUCUCUUGUGGCGGUUUACGCAGGAAAUCAUUGAGAAUAUGA